AUGUCAGAAAUUGAAAGUAUACCAACCAAAGAAGCUGUUGAUUCAACUGCUACAGUCUCAACAACAAGCUCAAAACAAGUGAAUGAUGAUGGCUUAGAUCAUAAAACACUUUUCGUCAGGUCCAUACCGUCAGAAGCUACAUCAGAAGAUUUAUCAACAUACUUUUCCCAAUUUGUUCCAGUGAAGCAUGCAGUUAUUGUCACCGAUGAAAAUAAACAAAGCAGAGGAUUUGGCUUUGUUUCAUUCACUUUAGAUGACGACACAUUGACUGCUUUAGUUGAGUCGAGAAAGACAAAAUUUCAAGGCAGGUUAUUACGAGUUGAUAUUGCCAAGAGAAGAGAUAGGAAAACACAAGGACCAGAUGGAACUUCAAUUAACAAGAAGCAAGCUGAGCCAAUAGAGAAAAGAAGAGCUCGUUUGAUUAUUAGGAACCUACCUUGGAGUUGUAAGAAGGCAGACACAUUGAAAAAUAUCUUCCAAAGAUAUGGUGCUGUGUUUGAUGCGUAUAUUCCUAAAAAGAAGGGAGGUCAGAUGUGUGGGUUUGCAUUUGUAAUUAUGAAGAAGAGGGUGGCUGCUGAAAGGGCUGUCGAGGAAAGCAAAGGGUUGAAAAUAGAUGGAAGAGAAGUUGCUGUUGAUUUUGCAGUUGAAAAAUCAAAAUGGGAACAAAUCAAGGAUGAGGAAAGUGAAGAUGAAGAUGAUGAGGAAGGAGAAGAGAAGAAAGCAGCAGCUGUGGACCGCUCUAGUAAAGGAGACGCAGAGGAAGAGGAAGAGGAAGCGGAAGGGGGUCUUGGAAGUGAUGAUGAAGAAGAUAUCGAAAAGGAAGAGGAGGACAGUGAUGGAGAUGAUGAUGAUGACUCAAACUUUGAUCAGUUGAAUGAGAUCAACACUGAUGAUGAAGUUGAUUCGGAUGAUGAGGAUAUCAAAAUUGAAGUUGAUGGUGAGCCACAGGAAGUAGAAGAGAAGCCAAAGAAGAAAAGCAACAGACAAGAAGCAUACUCAGUUUUUGUACGAAAUAUUCCAUACGAUGCCGAUGAAGAGAGUUUGAAAGAGCACUUUGAAUCGUUUGGACCCGUCAAAUACGCUCUUCCCGUAGUUGAUAAGGAGACUGGUUUAUCCAAAGGUUCAGCAUUUGUAGCCUUUAAAAAGGAAGAUGCUUACCUUGAGUGUCUUGACAACGCUCCAUCAAAUACAGGAUCAACAUCGAUAUUAAUUGCCGAUGAUGUGUCACCCAAAUAUGUUUACCAAGGACGUAUAUUAUCCAUCACCUCUGCUGUCGACAGACAAUCGGCCAAUAAAUUGGCCGAGAGGAAUGCCUUAAAGAGAAAAGAGGUUUUAGGAAAAGCACCUGCGGAAAAGGAUAAACGUAAUUUGUUUUUGCUUAAUGAAGGUCGAAUCACUGAAAAUUCCAAAUUGGCACAAUUCAUCACCAAGACUGAUUUAGAAUUGAGAGAAAAAUCAUACAAGUUACGUGUACAGCAGUUGAACAAAAAUCCAACGUUGCAUUUGUCAUUAACUAGGUUGGCAAUUAGGAAUUUACCACGAGCCAUGAACUCAAAAGCAUUGAAGGCAUUAGGAAGAAAAGCUGUUGUUCAAUUUGCUACUGAAGUUAAAGAAGGACAAAGACAACCAUUAUCAAAAGAAGAAGUGUCGCGUUCAAUAAAGACCAAAAAGGAGCUUCAAGAGGAAAUUGAAGUCAAGUCAAAGAAUUCCAAACACAAGGGGGUUGUUAAGCAAGCUAAAGUGAUUAUGGAAGUGAAGGGGUCGGGAGAAUCCGGUCGUAGUAGAGGUUAUGGGUUUGUUGAAUUUAGAGAUCAUAAAGCUGCCUUGCAAGGAUUAAGAUGGUUAAAUGCUCAUGAAGUGUCAAUAGAUGAAAUUACCGAAGGCUUGACUGACGAAGAAAAGAAAGUCGCCAAGUUGGAUGGUUUAAACAAGAGAAGGUUAAUUGUUGAAUUUGCUGUUGAAAAUGCUCAAGUUGUAAAGAGAAGAAGGGAAAAGGAGAUUAUUAGUAGAAAGUUUGAUAACGAAAAGGAUAAAGGUACAUCUAGCGAUAAAAAGAGGAAACGAGAUGAUGAAGGUGAAGGUGAAUCAAAGUCAAAGAAGCAACGUAAGGGUAAAGGACCACUGAGAAAAGGUAAUAUGAACAAAGGAGUCACCAAAGCUGCACCUGAAUCGAAGCUGGUGAGUGAAUCCAAGAAUAGAUCUGGUCUUUCUGAUAAUAUCAAGUCCAUCAUUGGUCAAAAAAGAAAGAGAAGAAAGGGAAAGAAGUAA